CGAAAAGCAGCAGUCGUUUAAAGAUUUUAGAGUUGACAAGUUUGAACAGUUUUGCAGAGAGAAGAGAAACGUUAUUAUGGCUGAUAUAGUAGUGGCUUCAUUCGGCACUUUUGGGGUAUUCUUUGGUUUGCUGAUUUUGGUGUUUUUGAUCUUAAGACAUCGCUCUAGUUUAAUCUUUGGCAUUUAUCCUCGCAAAUCCCUGUUUUAUCAUUUCAAAUAUGCUUUGGCUUUGGUGGUAUUGAAACGUUUGCGUCAUCGUUUCUAUCACAGUAGUGAAAAGCAUACGGAGGAGGUCAUGCAGCAAUUGGAUAAACCUCAGGUUUUGUCUGAUAAUCCCAAGUCAUAUGAUGUGGUUUCGUUUAUGGCCGCCAAUGCUAAGGGCCAAAAGUUAAUGGUUAGCUUGGAGCGCAGACGUAGAGGCGUCAAUCGUGCUGCUUUGUAUUUAUGGCUGCCCGAGUAUGGCCUCUUGGCUUCACCCAAUUUACCUGAUAUGUUAUAUUUCACCACCAAUGGUGAUGAGGAAAGUUCAGAGUUUAAGGGCAAUGGUUACCACAUCUAUCCCAAGGAACCCAUGAAACUUUGGUGCAUUAAGUAUGAAGGAGAACUUAAGCAGGCUUCAGUGGAGAAUGGUGCCUUGGUAAAAGUUAAUUUAGACUUGGAAUUUCACUCGGAAACUAGCCAUUUCGAUUACAACCGUGAUCUAAGUCCCUCGGUGAUAGCGGAUUCUAUAGCCCGUGAAGCCUGGAAUGAAUCUUUCUAUAUGAUGCUUAAAAGUGUGGAUACUAUUUUGGAGAAACGCACUCAUUACGAACAAAGUGGUUUUAUUACCGGAGACAUUAAAGUGGAUGAUAAAUUGCUAGCCUUAAGAAUGAAUGGUUUUAGAGAUCAUAGUUUCGGCACCGAAAGAUGCCUUUCCACCAUUAAUCGUUAUGUUUAUUUUGCUCUUUUCCUAGAGGAUGGCACCAGCAUGGUGGUGGGUAAUCUCUCACAACCCUCCUUCUUCUUAUCCUCACUCAAAGUGGGUUAUAUAUGCAGCAAAAAGGGCGAGUAUAAGCCUAUUACCAAAUGUAAUUUCGAACUCUAUUCCUAUGGUGAAAAGGGUGUUCCCCCUAAACAUCAAAAUUUUAUAGUUCACACCGAUGCGGGCAAAUAUUUUGUACAAAUUAAGGAAGAAGAUAAUGCCCUACGUUAUGUAGGCGGCAAUUGGGAGUCCAAGGUUUAUAAUCAAUUUGUUUCCUGCACUGUUAAUGGUGUGCAGGGUCAGGGUAUAACGGAAUAUCUUUAUCGUUAUAAUGGCGGUCGUCCUGAGGAAGUGUGUAAAACAGAUCCGGAAUGGUAUCAGCGCAUACGUAAAUUCGAAAGGAGUUUGAGUAAUUGUGAGAAUACUGAUGAUACCGAGGCGUUUUUCUUUUGAAAGAGUGAAGCAGGAAAAUAACUCUUUUAAGGAAAGCAAUUAUUGAAGCAAUGCUUAAGGAAAAGUUUCUUUAGAGGUGUGUUUUCGUCCUAAAUUUAAUGUAAGUGAAACCGAAAAUGGAAAAUUGUAAUGAUUACUACAAUGUUAAGGUUAACAUUUAGCAUAUAAGAAACUGUUUAAAAGUAUUCUUAAAACAAAUCGUGAAUAUACAGUGAAAUUAUACUAGAAUUUAAGUUAAACAAUUGGUGAAAAUGUUAUAAAUUAAAAACCCAAGAGAAGAUUAUCAAAGUUAACAAGUUUUAAAGAAAAAAAGUUCUUAAAUUUAAAAGUUAAAAUCAGUCUUAAACUAAAAAAUAGAAAAAGUGCUUUCAAUAGAAAAGUGUUCCUAAAAAAAUCCUAAACUCUGACAAAUCUUCAAUCCUCCCAUUUUGUACUGAAAUUUGUAUUUCAGCAGAAAGACAGACGGAGGUAGAGAAGAAAUAUUUCGGUUCCUUAACAAAAGGAUCGACGGAAAAAUUUGCUUCUUAAACAGAAAGACAUAUGGACGGACAAUUAAGUUCCUUAAAGGGGGUAAAUUUUGAUACUUCGACAGACGGACAAAUUCGUGUUAUGAAUAGAAAGACGGACAGACAAUUUUGACGGACAAUUUCUUCACUUUAAAAGAAAGAAGUGGGCUAUUUAGAGACUUAAACAGACGGACAAAUUCACGACAUAGCUAGGAAUACAGACGGACAAUUUUGAGCUUUCAACAUAAGGACAGAUGAACGAAAAUAAGGACAAUUUUGGUCAUUCAAUGAAAGGAGAGAAGGACAUAUUCGUAUCUUAAACAGAAAGACAUAUGGACGGACAAUUUCUUACCUAUAACAGAAACUCGAACAAAUUCACUACAUGAAUAGAAAUAAGGACGGACAAUUUUGAGCUUUCAACAUAAGGACAGAUGGACGGAAAGAAGGACUUGUUUCGGUUCUUCAACAAACGAACAAACGGACAAAAUCUUGUCUUUAAAAGAAAUAUAUGGACGGACAAUUUUAUUCCUUAAAUAGAUAGACGGACAGGUGGAAAGGGGGGCAAUAUUUCGUGCAUUAAACAAACAAUUACAGAGAAAGACGGACUAAGUAUUUCGUACCUUAAACUCAAAGACGGACGGACAGUAUCGUGCAAGAAGACAGACGGACGGAAAUGUGGACUAUUUCGUGGACUAUUUCGGAGAUAGACUGAAAGACGCACAAAUUCAUACUUUCUAUAUUAAGACAAACGUGAGAAAAGAUGUCAAUUUAGAGCUUUUAAACAGAAAAACGGUCAAGACAAAUGGACAGUCUUAUGCUUUCAAUGGGCAGACAGACAGACAGACAGACAGACUAUAAAAGAGAUAGUCAGAGGGAAUGUCUUAAAAGGGAACGAGGGAUACAUUGGUGACUUCAGAAAGAUGGGAGUAUGAUGAACAGUUUCCUACCUUUAACAGGAAAUCAGAAGGACCACUUGUACCUUUAGCAGUAAGACGGACAUAUAAAAAGUCUGACUGUUUAACAAAUUACCACAAAACCUCUUCAUAUGUCGUAAGAACCCUCAAACCCUCUCUUUGAACAAUAGUUCGCUAAGUUUCACACGGCAUAACAGUAUCUAAGAACACCUCUCCCCCACUCGCUUAAUAUUGGGCCUAUAAGUGUUAAAGUCUAAACAAAUAUUGACCUAAAUUUAAUAACUCGUUAUUGUUAUCUUGAAAUUUUCAUUUCAAACUAAAAGUGAUUUAGUCAAAAAAACAAAAACUUCUACCAUGAGUUAAAAUUUGAUAACUAAAAAGGAGCAAAGAUCAUAAACCAUGAUGCUUUAAUUUUAAAUUCUAGGAAUAUUAUUUGGAAUUUGUUCCUAAUCGGUAUCAAUUCAAAGAAAUUUAAAGAAAGUUAUGGGUACAAAAAAUGGAAUGCAAUGAUUGAACUUUUGUGAUUCGAACUGUUUGAGGGAAUUAAAGUUUCCAGAAAUUAAAAUUUUAAUAAGGUCUUUUCUUAAGAAGAGCUUUCAAGCAGCUUUUGAAAUAAAAGUACUUGAAAAGCUUUUUGAAACCAAAAAAAUUUAUACUAAGCUUUUAGAAUAACUGCUUUUUUAUAGAAAGUUUUUAGAAAAAAUCAAUUCUUAAAGAAAGCUUUUAGUAAUAAAGCAUCUUUUAUAGAAAGCUAUAGUUAAAGUUUCUUUUAUAGAAUGCUUUUAGUGCAAAAGUUUCUUUCAUGUAAAUGAAAUAGAAGUACUUGAAAAGCUUUUUUAAACCAAAAUUUUUUAUACUAAGCUUUUAGAAUAACUGCUUUUUUAUAGAAAGUUUUUAGAAAAAAUCAAUUCUUAAAGAAAGCUUUUAGUAAUAAAGCAUCUUUUAUAGAAAGCUAUAGUUAAAGUUUCUU